CCCGGUUUUUACUCAAGUCCGCCCCUCUGGGUCGAGCGGGACCUUGGGGGAAGGACCCGUUUGUUUUCUGCUCCACCCCCUCCCAAAAUGGCAGCCUCCAGUCGGGCACAAGUGUUAGAUCUCUACCGGGUGAUGCUGAGAGAGAGCGGCAAGUUCACCUCCUACAAUUACAGAACUUAUGCCAUUAGAAGGAUAAGAGAAGCCUUCAGAGAAAAUAAGAAUGUAAAGGAUUCUGCACAAAUACAAAUGCUAGUCAAUAAAGCCAAAAGAAACCUAGAAAUAAUUCGGCGACAGGUUCCAUGGUAUUCAUGGAUGUCACAACUGCAUCCUAUACUAGUAGGACAGCAUUCCCUGUUAAGUACCAUAUUGAAAAGCACAGUCACCACAGAUCUCUUCAAGAAGGGGCCUGACCCACCUUAGUGAAAUGUACUCAACUAACAAGCUUGUUAUUGAGAAUCCGAAGAAGCCCAGGACCUAAGCAAGUUGGGUGGCUCUCUAGCAGCAGCCAUGGACCAUCAGUAGCAGUCUGUGCUUAAGGACAUCUCCCAGCAUGCUUUCUGUUGCCUCUUACAUCACCUUUAAAAAGGCCUUGUUCUCUGCUGUAGAAGCUGAAAGACUGAAAAAUGUUUCCAGUGUUUUGCUGCCUUAGUGGUAGAUGACAAUUCCUGUGGUUCGUGUGCUAGUCAGUAUAACUGGAGCUCAAUGAAAAUAGUCUGUCUAUUAUAUUUUUUCACCUUCAUAUUCUCGUUCAUCACCUCUUAUGGAGAAUAUUUCAAAACUGUGUUUUUUGGUUCUUUUGACAAUAAAAAAAAAGUAUGUAAAACGUGA